AGGAUGGGUGGGGGUUGGAACCAUAGAUUGUCUGCCUGGGUCAGCACACACACACAUAUAAAGAGUCACACAGAAAAGAAAUAAUAUGAAUCAAUCCACUGCAUAUGUUUUAAGUAUAAUCAUGAGUUGUGAUGUGUUUUAAUGAAUCAUAGGAUUAAGAAACAAUGCUACAUAAUUAAAAGCAUUAGAUGAUUGAGUGUUUUCUUUUUACUAAAAGAAUGUUAAGAAUGUUGGUAUGUUGUCCGGCCACAAGAAACUGUUUCUAGGAGACCACUCCCCAAAAGAAACUGUCCCUGGAGAACAUUCCUCAGGACUGGCGACUGACCACAGGAUAUACGUUUUGAGAUGUUAUUUUGCAGGAACUAAGAAAAAGGACUUCACGGUGAUUGGUGGAAAGGGAGCAGCACUCCUUAAAAGGCAGAGGAGGAGUCAGAAGAUGCGAGCGACGUCACAUACUUAAUAAAUAUGGGUGUUUUUGAAUAAUUUGGGUUGUUGGCUUGUGGUGGAGAGAGGAGAUCGUCUGACAACCCAAAGCUUUGUUACCUUUUACAUCUGAUAAUAAAACUUCUGCUUAAUUUUGGAGAAACGUCUCUUGCAAAUUUUUGAACAUGCAGGACUGCCUUAAAAGUCUAACAAUUGGUGACCCGUGACGUGAUUUGACGAGAGAUAGUGCUAAUUGUGUGCCUUUUGGCGAGAGAGAUCAGAACGGACUCAGGUUCAACACACAGGUCGCGACCAACAUAAAAGAAAGGUAAGCAGAAGCCUGUUUAAUCAAAAUUCUGCUAUUGAACAUACCUAAAUUGUUGUGUUGAAUUUGAUGAACAUUCUGAGGAAGUUGAAAUAAAUAGAAAAAAGAAGUUUUUGAAAAAUCAGAUUUGAAAGAGUAAAAUAUUAAAUCGGGUGGUUAGAGUCCCCCGUAGAGAGGGUAAUAAAUCCCUUAGAGUCUGGGACUCAUAAGUUGCGUUGUGGUAUUCGCGUCUGGGACGAAAAAGGCCAGGGUAAUAAAAAUAUCCUUUGAGUCUGGGACUCAUAAACUGCGUUGUGGUAUUCGCGUCUGGGACAAAAAAGGCCAGGGUAAUAAAAAUAUCCUUUGAGUUUGGAACUCAUAAACUGCGUUGUGGUAUUCGCGUCUGGGACGAAAAAGGCCAGGGUGAAAUAAAUCCCUUUGAGUCUGGGAACUCAAAGGAAUAUUCCAAAAUUGUCUGUUAUAUGUUUGAAUGUUUUUAAAGCGAAUGCAAUUGUUGAUGUGAAAAUUAAUGUGAAUGCUGAUAAGGCAGCUAAAGGAAAAGACGUUGCGUCACAGAGACUCGUUGAGAAAUUGAGACGUUGCGUCAGAAAUUAAGUGGAAUUAAUUUGAAGUAAUAUAGUCAGACGGACUACCUUAUACUAUAAAUUCGGAAUAAAUAGACUGUAUAAUAUUGUGAACAGUAGAAUUGUGUGUAAAAUGGCUGAAUUUCAGAAAGAAUGUGAUGAAUACGGGUGUUCGCCAGUAACAGUGCAGUGGCAAAAUGUUACAAAUAUGCUUUUAGCACAGACAGAACCAAAAGAUAGAAAGCAAAGACAGAAAGAAAUAGACAAAUGCUGGGUAGCAUUAUGUGAUGAUUGUGGGUGGGAAAAUGCAGAAAAAGUGAUGAUUCCUAUAGCACCAACAAUCAGAGAAAUGGAAAAGAAAGCACAUAGUAAGUUACGGAGACAUAUUGAAGAAAAAGACAAAGUGAAGUGGUAUAACUCAGGGAAGCAUGGUAGCGAGGAAGAAAAUCUAAAGAAGAAACUUAGAGUGUGGACUAGGGUAGCGUUAACAACCACAGCACUCAGCUCACAGAAACCACAGAGUAGAGAGAGAAAACAGGAAGUGAACAGCUCAGCAGCCAGAGAGAGAAAUGAAGAGAAUACAGGAAGCACUCAGACUAUCCUCUGCUCCGCCCCCAGAAAAGCCCAACCCACUUCAUUAUACCCAACCCUAAGCCACCCCCCUUCAUACGAACUGCCCAAACAGCAGGUUGUAAUGACAGUUAAUGGAGGAGAAAUGGAUGUUGCAGUAGGAGAAAUGACUGGUGAAAUAGACAGGAUACGCAAGGAAUUUGAUGAAUUAAAAACUGCAGUGAACAAGGGUGUGGAAGACACAUUAGUAAAAGCACAACGAGUUAUGGAAGAAGUAGAGAGAACAAGACAUGAACAGGAAGAGUCUGAGAAGGGUGACAAUGAGAAUACUGAAGAAGACAUUAUAUUUGCAAAACCAAUAAAUACAUCUACCCCUAAUCCACAAGCAGGGACCGAUAUGCUAACAGGGCCAAUACCAGUUCAAUUUGCAGGGAAAAUGACACUGGGUGAGCCAAUAGCCCAUAGGUUAAGGAGCAGGAAACAGCCAGGGCACCCAGACCAUGAGGAAGAGAAGGAGGAAAGGGAACAUUACCUGAACUAUGACCCAAGUCGUCAACUACAGGUACCUCAAAUGCAAGCACCAUUAAUGCACAGACCAGGAGGGAAUUCACAGUACCAACCUUGGUCACACAGUGACAUGACAGCAAUAGCGAGUAAAUUGCCACCCAUUACCUCAGGAGGCAGCAGAUGGUUGAGUAAGCUGACAGCACUCAGCCAUGGCACUGACUUGGCUUUGGGUGACUUGAGAUGCCUGUUGGGUCAGAUACUGACAGCCUCACAAAUGCAAAAUUUAGAGCUCGAUGCAAAUACUAUGUAUGUUGCAAAUGAGAUACCAUUUACCAGAGUAAGUACUGUUGUAAGCCAAACUCUUCGUCGACUAUAUCCUGUGCCACCAACGGUGUACCAGAAUAUAAAAUUCCGCAUUAAGCCAGGUGAGACUGGAGCGGCUUAUUAUUUCCGUUGUGCUGCUGAGUGGGAACAAAUGGUGGAGGAAAACAGUUUAAACAACCCUGUGACACGAGACAUAUUUAGAGCAGCAGUAAUGACAGGAGCUCCAAAUGGAGUAAAACAAGCAAUGGAGAAUAACCCAGAUAUCCCAGUGGCAAGUAACGAGGUAUGGGAAAGACAUUUAGUGCAUCACACAGACAGAGCAGUGGAAAGAGCCAAUAAAGAGGAAGAGGAACUAGAAAGAGUUAAAACCCAGUUGUUAAAAUUGCAAUUAGAAAAAGCCAAAAGUGAAGGGACAACCAAAAAGGCCAAGCAAAUGCCACAACAUACUCCCAAUGCACCCCAACCCAUAGACCCAUAUCAAGGACCCCCUUACAGUGGUUCUCCUUUUGGAGGACCGACACACCACCAUCCAUAUAGCAACCCACAUUAUGCCCAAGGACCAAACCGUAGGCAGGGACCCCCCUGGAGAGGAAAUGGACGAGGGCAGCCGGAAAGAGGGAGGGGAGGGUUUGAGAGGGACCAGUGUUUUGAGUGUGGUGAGUAUGGACAUUGGGCGAGAAAUUGUCCACAAAAAUCAGCACAGAGUCAAGGCCAGAGUAACGGUCCACCUGCGGGGGGAUGGGGUCCCCGAAGAGGUGGCACCGGUGGUCGUGGCAGGGGACCACAAACCCCAUACAACCCGGGGCAACGCUUCCCGUCACCUUCCAACCUACAGGCGCCUGUGCACCCAACAUGGGGCCCGGAGGGUGGGGCGGAGGAAUGUUGAAGGGGCCCACAGAGAACCACCAUGAGAGGAAUGGCUGAACCUCUCAUGGAAAUAGUGGUAAGUGAUCAACCACUAAAGGCUCUGGUGGAUACCGGGGCCACAUACUCUACUGUAACAAAGGGCACGAUUGACAAUAGCGAUCUGACAAAUCGCACAGUAGGAGUAAUAGGGUUCUCUGGUGAGGUAGAAAAAUGGCCUAUGACAAAAUUGCUGAAAGUAAAAAUUGACAAACAGAUAUUGACACACUCAUUCCUGUACUCUUGUAAUGCUCCCAUCCCCCUUUUAGGCAGAGAUCUAUUAAUCAAAUUAGGAGCCAGCAUUUUAUGUUCACCCGAGGGAGUGAUAGUGAAAUUUCCAGAUGGUUCAGAAACAAAUUGUUCUCUUUCAGGUCACACCACAGACAGUCAGUGGAUGUUAACAUCGUGUGGUGAGUUAGAAGAUGCUGAUAUAUAUUGGGUUGAGCUAGAUUCCAGUGUAGCCCCUAAUAGUAUUGUAUCAAGGUAUAACGAACAUCGUCAGUGGAUCACAAACAUAGACAUUUUUCUGCCACCAAUAGACCCCUUACAUUGCACAUUGUUUUAUGACAGGGAUGACACCACACAAUACCAAGAUCUGUUCCAGGAAAUAGAGGACAGUAAAUGGGUGUUAAGGGGAUCCGGAUUCAUGAUAGGAAAAGAGGGAGUAGUGGCACCAAUUUUACUGACAGAAGAGCAGAUGAAAUGGUAUGAAAUGUCUGAUACAGCUGCACCACACGUCUCUGUAGCAUUACAUCCGAAACAUGAAGCUAGGGAGCUAGGCAACAUGACUAAGAGGCUGUUGGCAGCUAAUGAUUGGAAACCCACAGAAACUUGGGGUAUCCUGUAUUCCGAGACACAAAAAGCAUAUUGGGUGCAAGACCAAACAGAAGACACAGGGGUGUUGACACAUAAACAGAUCUCUAGAAGCCAUGGUAGGGAGCAGACAGACGCUGACGAAGCAGAAAAAAUGAUUGACACAUUGCCAGCUAAUCUAUGGUCUCAAGGACCAACAGAUGUAGGGUUUUGUAACAUCAAACCUGUUAGCUUUAAGUUAAACACCACCACACCUAUUUGGGUCCCUCAGUACCGCAACAAACCAGAAGCAGAAGAAGGUGUAGCCACCACUGUUUCUGGACUGAUUGACAAGGGAGUGAUAACCCCUUAUAGGUCUAAUUGGAACACACCAAUUUUUCCUGUGCCAAAACCAGGCACUAAUAAAUACAGAUUGGUACAUGAUUUACGAAACAUCAACUCCAUUGUAGCAACACCUACAAUGACAGUGCCAAACCCAUAUAUUGCGCUGUCCACAUUGACACCAGCGCACCAAUGGUUUACAUGCAUCGAUUUGGCAAACGCUUUCUUCUGUAUUCCAAUCGCAGAGGAUUGCAAAGCAUGUUUGGCUUUUACAUACAGGGGCUGGCAGUAUUCUUACAACAGACUACCACAAGGGUUUAUUUUGUCACCAGGAAUUUUUAAUCAUGUUUUAAAACAACAGCUACAGGACUGUAGCUUACCUGAGAACUGUGUCAUGAUCAUGUAUGUUGAUGACCUACUCUUGGCAGCCAGAACUGAAAAGGCGUGCUUGGAGGCUACCAGAGUUGUGUUGCUUCAGUUGCACAAGUCUGGUUUCAAGAUAAGCAAGGACAAACUGCAGGUGUGCAGACCUUGUGUUACAUUUUUAGGUCGACUGAUCACGGCACAGGGAUCAACUUUGACAGGGACACAAAGACAGGGUAUACUCAGCCAUCCUAAGCCAACCACAGUGAAAGACAUGUUGUCAUUUUUAGGCCUCACAGGAUUCAGUAGGCACUAUAUUCCUAUGUAUGUUUCACUGACCAAACCACUCAGACAGUUGAUCAAAGAGCAUGGCAUGAAAAAUCUGAAAGCAGAACUUCAGUGGACACAAGAGGCUGAACGGACGUUCAUUGACCUCAAGACACAGCUAGCUCAUGCUGUGCACCUGAACUGUGCCAACUAUGAGUUACCUUUCUUCCUGGAUGCCUCAGAAUCUGGCUCCAGCGCACAUGGUGUCCUGUUUCAGAAAGACCAAGGCAGGAGAAAAGUGUUGAUGUAUGCGAGUGUGUUGUUAGACUGUGUAGAACA